AUGAUUGUGUGGUUGAUAUUUGUAUGUGUUGCAGGUGUGUCGGCGGUAGAGUGGGAUGCUCCAACACCUUACGAUCCAGUGUGGCUUGCCAGUGUGCAACAGUAUCCAGCUGUGCCCCCACUUAACGAGACUAGAUUCUGGUGGGGUUGGGUCUAUGAGCAAGAUGUACAAUUCAGAUUGUUUACUAGACGUAAUCCGUAUGAGUUUCAAGUCUUAAAAAUCAACGAUUCCAUGUCCUUGUGGGAUUCAAACUUCGAUUUUAAUAAAAAGGUGAAGGUACUUACUCACGGGUGGCUCAAUCAUGGAGACAGUCCAAUGCCUGAAUCGAUCAAAGAAGCAUAUCUAAAUGUUAGUGAUCUAAACAUAAUAGUGGUAGAUUGGGGUAACGCAGCUAAUGUCAAUUACAUUUUGGCCAGUUACAAUGUGGCGAUGGUUGGGCGAUUGUUGACACAAUUCCUAAACUUCCUCAUAGAUGAGGGUGUAUCUAUGGAUGAUAUGCAUCUCAUUGGACACAGUCUCGGUGCUCACGUGGUCGGCAUAGCAGGAGCUUACGUUCGGGAAGGCCCUAUUGAUACGAUAACAGGUUUAGAUCCAGCUCUUCCACUAUUCACACUGGGAAAUAAAGACGCGCGUUUAGACAAACAUGAUGCACGUCACGUCGAGGUGAUACACACUUGCGGGGGAUAUUUAGGUUUCGCGUCUCCUUUAGGCCAUAUUGACUUCUACCCAAACGGGGGCACCAGGCAACCAGGGUGUAGAUUUGAUUACAGAGGUUUGUGUGCACACAAUCGUGCACAUAUGUUCUUUUCGGAGUCCAUCAUAUCAGACGUGCCGUUCACGGCUGUACGUUGUAAGGACUAUGACGAGCUGUACUACAGUGGUUCUUGCAAAGGCACCGGAGAGACACUCAUCAUGGGAGGAUUCGAUAUACAUUACGGGAAAGACGGAAUUUAUUACUUGAAGACCAACGCCGAAAAACCCUUCGCUCUUGGGGACCUGUCGUGA